AUGUCCCAGUCGCCCGCCCGUCGUUGCCAGAGCCAUCGACGCAUUAGAAUGACCGUCUCUGGCGCCUUCUCCGAUCUCUCAGUCUCGGCCAAAGCGCUGCAGGUGGCACAGCUCACACAAGCGUUUGGAGACGCCGCCGAGGAACUGGUGCGAACGCUUCUGGACACGCUUGCGGCCGACGUCGACGACAUUUUCUCGGCCAACGACAUUUUAGCUGAUGACACUGGCGACCGGUGGCAAUGGUUUGGCUAUGUCGAUACGACUGACGCCGACGUGUACGUGGCCGACGGCUCGUGCUGCUUUCUGUGGCGAGCACCGAGUAUCGCUGUCUGGAAGACCCUUGGACACGACCUCCGCGAGAUGAUUGACGCGCUGCAAGCGCUGGAUGCGACUACACCGUCGCUGCAGUGCACCGUCGAUUACCACGAUGCCCGCGCGCUGGUCUUUGGCGACUACGGCUCGGCACCGACAGCGAUCAGCGAGUGCCAGACAGCCAAGCAUCCCACCUGCUUUUGCGAUCGCCGCAACGGCGGCGCUCAAGACGACGCGUAUGCAUGGACCCGGCUGCGACAUGUGUGCGUACCCGACGUCCUCGAAGACGACGACGGUGCCCACGACGGUGACGGUGCGUCGAGCCUGCACCAGCUCCGCCCCGAGUACAUUCGGCAAUACCACACCGCGCUGAGCUCCACCGUCUACGGCACCGAGUCCGUGGCAGCGCUCGAUAGCACGGUGGCCUGCGCGAGCCACUAUUUGCAAAGGUCGGUGCUCCCAUCGGCCGGCGCCCGCCUCGAAGCCAACGAAUAUUUUCACGUGCUCUUUGCGCUGCAAAAACACCUCGGUGUCAACGUGGCACUGCAACGCAUUGCGAGCACCGGGGAUGCCCCCGGGCCGUUCCGAGCACACCAUAUCGUCAGGCUUCACGCAUCGACGUCGAUGAUUCUCCAGACGACGACCGAAAGCACACGGUUGAUUGCGUCCACGGACGACGCCGUCGGUGCUGGUCGCUUGUCGGACGCGGUGGCCUACGUCAAACUCGCACUUGCGCUCAAAAAGGCCCACCUGACGGACCACAACCGGGUGCAGUGGUGCCACUUCCUUGUGUGUGCCGCCGAGCUCUCGGCGCGGACGACGGACCUCGCCAAAGCGCACACCGUCGCGAUGACGCUCGCACAUGCCAAAGGCGACGUCGAGCGCAUCGGACACCUCGUCGAGCGAGCCGUGGCCAUCGCAUCGUGGCAUCUCGGUCCGACGCAUGUCUUCCUCGUCGACAUCUACAUGGCCGCGGCCGACGUGUGGUGCGACCGCGGGGAGCACUACAAGGCGCUGGCCAUGUGCGACGCCUGCCUGGGC